AUCUCACUCACAAUAUUAGCAAAUUGAAAUCAAAGAAACAACAAAAUGUGGGAUGGGUUACUUUCCUGCGCUCGUGAAAACUUGCUUCCUCUAGCUCGUGAACAUUUGCUUCCAAUAGCCCUUGAUCAUUUGCUUCCAAUACUAAAGGAAGCAGCCAACAUGAUUAGGGGUGUCCCUACAGAUAUUGCAGAAAUGAAAAAUGAACUUCAAAACAUUGAAGACUUCAUCCAUCAAGCAGAUAAAACGGCUGAUGCUGAAGGAGACAACACAAGUCAUGGAAUCAGAGCAAAGAUCAAGAAACUAAUAGAAGCGACUUUUCGCAUACAAGAUGUCAUUGAUGAAUAUAUCAUCCGUGAGGAGCAACGACUUUCAGAUCCUGGAUGUGCUGCUGGUGACAACUAUGUCAAAACUAAGAUUCUCCGUCUCCAAAUAGCUCAUAAAAUUCAGAACAUCAAAUCCCGAAUUAAUGAAAUAAAAGAUACAAGUUCUGAAAAGGAUCAUGAAGGAUCAAGCAGUUCUGCAACAAACCUGAAUGCCACAUCAUUGCAGAACCUUCGGAAGGCUCCUUUUUACAUGGAUGAAGCCGAUGUUGUAGGCUUUGAAGAGCCAAAAGACAUAUUGAUUGAUUGGUUGGUAGAAGGAAGAGCAGCGCGAACAGUUGUCUCCGUGGUAGCAAUGGGAGGGCAGGGAAAAACCACUCUAGCCAAGAAAGUUUUUGACAACAACAAGGUCAUUAAACACUUUGAUUGUCAUGUAUGGAUCACAGUGUCUCAAUCAUACGAUCUAGAAAAAUUGUUGAGGGACAUUUUGCAGAAUAUUUACAAACAACAGGAAGGUGAUACUCCUCAAAGUAUACAUCAAAUGGAUCGAGACUCAUUAGUUGAUGAAGUGAGAAAAAACUUGCAACAAAAAAGGUACGUUGUCAUGUUUGAUGAUGUAUGGAGCAUACUUUUUUGGGAUGAAAUUGACCUUGCUAUGAUUGAUAACAAAAAUGGUUCUAAGAUAUUAAUCACAACAAGGAACAUGAAUGUUGCAAAUGCUUGUAAGAAAUCUUCUUUUGUUGAAGUUCAUGAACUGAAACCUUUAACUAAAGAAAAAUCUUUGGAAUUGUUCAAUAAGAAGGCAUUCUAUGACUUGGACGGAUGUUGUCCGGAAAAUCUUACUCAUAUAUCUUCUGAAAUUGUUGAAAAAUGCAUUGGAUUACCACUAGCAAUUGUAAUCGUCGGUGGUCUUUUAUCUUGCAAAGAUAAAGAAACAUUUGAAUGGUAUAAUUUUAGUGAAAAUAUAAAUCCUGAGUUAAAGGAAGAUUCCAACAUAAAAAAUAUUUUAGGUCUUAGUUACCAUAAUUUGCCUUACUACCUCAAGUCAUGUUUGUUGUAUUUUGGAUUAUAUCCUGAAGAUUGUGUAGUUUCUUCGAAGACAUUGACUCGACAAUGGAUGGCUGAAGGGUUCGUGAAAGAGGAUAGGGGAAAAACUUUGGAAGAAGUCGCAGAAGGAUAUUUAACAGAGUUAAUUCGUAGAAGUUUGGUGCAAUUAGUUUCAAUCAGUAUUGAUGGAAGAAGGAGAAGUUGUCGUGUUCAUGAUCUAGUCCAUGCAAUGAUCCUUGAAAAAUGUGAGGAUUUAAGUUUUUGUAAGAAUAUUUGUGAGGACAGACAAUCAUCUUUAACUGGAAUUGUUCGACGCCUAUCAAUAGCAACCAAUUCCGACAAUUUAAUAGAAAGUGUUGAAAAGCCACAGGUUCGGUCAUUGCUUUGUUACGCAUCUAAACCAUUACCUGAAUCCUUUGUAAGGAGAAUCCCUACAAAAUUCAGGCGGUUGAAGGUGCUGGUUUUGGGUGAUGAUGGAUUGCUUGACGUUCCUAAAGACUUGGGAAGUUUGAGCUACUUGAAGUUUUUUAUGUUCGGUGGGGUGUUUCGAGGAAGAAAAUUCUCACUUCCAAUAUCCAUUGUUAUGCUCGAGAACCUAGAGACCUUGGAUUUAACAGAUACAAAAUUCAAUGUUAUGCCAAAGGAGAUUUGCAAGCUUAGAAAGCUACACCAUUUUAUAGGCAUCAAAAUGUCAUUGAUUCAAUUGAAAGAUGGUAUCGGAGAUAUGACAUCCCUUCAGACGCUACGUGAUGUUUAUUUAGAUGAAAAAGAAGAUGAAAAUGAUAAUAGAGUAGUAGAGCUAAUCCAAGAGCUAGGAAAGCUAAAACAGCUAAGGGAAUUAGCCUUGCUCCGUGUUAGGGCUAAAUAUAUGAGUGCUAUAUCUUCUUCAAUCAACAAUAUGCGAAAAAUGGAGAAACUGCGAAUUGAAGGAGCUGGAGAGAACAUAGUCAUGCAUUUGAGUUCACCCCCACCUAUGCUUCGGAAUCUUAAGCUUAACGGGGAUUUAAAGAAGACUCCGGAGUGGAUUUCAAAACUUCACAAUCUAGCUAAGCUGAAAGUGAUGCUUGUGUAUUCCAAGCAAACGGUUGAGGUAAUGAAAUUACUCAAAAGUAUGCCAAAUUUGUUGUCCCUCAAUAUUUCCAACGGUGAUUAUGAAAGCAAAUUCGAAACGUUACAUUUUCAAGAUGGAUGGUUUAAGAAUUUGAAGGAACUAUAUGUUGGAUAUUUUGUUAACUUAAGUUACAUCCUUAUUGAUGAAGGUGCAUUGGGUUCUCUAAAAAAGCUAAAUAAGCUUCAACACCUAAAUAAGCUUGAAUUUCUCCAUAUUUUUGGUAUGGGUGACAAAUUUAUGCAGAGCAUUGCUCUCGAUGGAGGAAAAGAUCAUUGGAUUUUCAAGCAAGUACCCCAUGUAAAAAUUUCUGAAGGACACUAUCCAGCAUCCCCAGCAAAAAAGUGGUGAUGGCCGGCCAUCAGUGGAUGGAGAUUCAUAUUUCUCCAAGUUAUAUCAGUGGCAUUUUGUUCAUGCAUGUUUGGCACUUCCCUUCCUCAAUAAAAAAAUGAUGUGCUGUAUUAAGCUUUAUAAGGAUGAGUUAGGUCAAAUACUUAAUUCUAAGAAUACUUACUCUGUUUAUUUAUUCGAGAAAAUUGAGUUGUUUGUGGUAUGUUGUAAGAGCUUUCAUAUGAUUGAUUGUAAGACACUAUUACAUUAAUAUGUUGUGAGAGAUUGCUUGGACAUAUAAAAAAGAUUGCUUGGACAUAUAAGUUCUGAUCCUUCAGUGAUUGUCAGGCGUGUAUUUUUUUUCCUUCAGUUGGUGUGUUUGCUUCUUUUUUUUUUAGGUAAAUUGAGAUCACCUGCGUGCAAUUGUAGAGAUUUAUCUCUCGAGUCUUGUGUUGUGGAAUCGAAAUGGGUAACAAAUUUUCCCUUAAGAAUUUUGACAUUAUUGCGUUUCA